AUGCUCCGGCACGGUCGCGCCGGCGUGCCGAUGGAAGUCAUGGGUCUGAUGCUUGGUGAAUUUGUCGACGACUUUACUGUUCGCGUGGUGGAUGUGUUUGCCAUGCCCCAAAGCGGUACGGGUGUCAGUGUAGAGGCUGUCGAUCCGGUCUUCCAAAUGAAGAUGAUGGAUAUGCUGCGGCAGACCGGCAGACCCGAGUCUGUCGUUGGUUGGUACCAUUCCCAUCCCGGCUUCGGCUGCUGGCUCUCGUCGGUCGACAUCAAUACCCAACAAAGCUUCGAGCAACUUACCCCGCGCGCGGUUGCCGUCGUCGUCGAUCCCAUUCAGUCAGUCAAGGGCAAGGUCGUCAUCGAUGCCUUCCGCCUGAUCAACCCACAGUCUCUCAUGAUGGGUCAAGAGCCUCGCCAGACCACUUCGAACUUGGGUCACCUAAAUAAACCGUCUAUCCAGGCGCUUAUUCACGGCCUCAACCGCCACUACUACUCUAUCGGCAUCAACUACCGUAAGACGGCGCUCGAGGAGAACAUGCUGAUGAACCUGCACAAGCACCCAUGGACGGAUGCCCUACAGAUGGAGGAUUUCCGGACCGAAGGGCAGCGGACCAAGGAUCGCCUCGAGCGGCUAGUUAGCCUCGCGGAGGGCUACGAGAAGAGGGUCAAGGAGGAGACAGAGUUGACUAAGGACCAACUCAAGACGCGCUACGUCGGCAAGCUAGACCCUAAGAAGCAUUUGGAGGAUGUUGGGCAGCAACUGAUCGAAGACAACAUCGUUGCGGUGUCGAGGCAAAUGAUUGACAAGGAGGCGACGAUGGCGAAAAAGGACGCGCCGGUUGGGUCGAAUAGCCAGCCAAACGGCGACCAGAUGGAAGUAGAGGAGGAGCUCUGA